CUUCCACAGUUACCGUUUCGCCGAAGCUGACAAGUGCGAAUUUCCAGACAUGGACGCGUUCGAUGCGAAGAGCUCUGAGCGCGAAGAACAAAUUCCGAUUCGUUGAUGGAAGCAUUCCAGUUCCAGAAUCAGAUCAUCCACUCUAUUUCGCAUGGGAAAGGUGCAAUAAUCUCAUUCAUACUUGGAUCAUGAACUCUGUUUCUGCUUCAAUUGCACAAAACCUAGUUUACAUUGAAAAUGUUCUUGACAUUUGGAAUGAAUUGAGGGAGCGAUUUUCACAAGUAGAUUUAAUUCGAAUUUCUGAAUUGCAAAGUGAGAUCUCAAAUUUGAAGCAAGGAUCAUCUUCUGUGACUGAUUUUUUUACUGAAUUGAAAACUCUAUGGGAGGAGAUUGAUGGUUUUAGGCCACUACCUAUAUGCAUUUGUAAUGCUAGAUGUCCAUGCCAGGGUAAUGCUAAGAUCUAUAAGGAUCAAGACUAUAUAAUUCGUUUCUUGACUGGACUCAAUGAGGAGUUUGCUACUGUUAGAUCACAAAUCUUGCUUAUGAAGCCUUUACCAUCACUGAAUGAAGUGUUUUCUAUGGUGAUUCAACAAGAAAGACAAUCUAGUUCAAUUUCUAGUAAUUCUGGUCAGAAUUUAGGUGAUACAAGGUCUAUGUUGAAUGCAGUUGAUAAUAGGCAAGGAUUUGGUAGAGGUAGAGGUUAUCCUCAAGGAAAUCAGUAUAAUGGUGGAAGAAAUUCCACAUCAAGCAGCAAUGGAAGAGGAUUCUACUCAGGAUCUGGUAGAGGAAAUAGAAUUUGCACACAUUGUGGAAAAAUAGGGCACACGAUUGAUACAUGUUACAAGAUCUAUGGUUUGCCACCUUCUUUUAGGUCUAACAACACAGGAACUGUGAACAAUCUACAGUCAGAAGAUAGUUAUAUCAGUGAUAAUUCUUAUAAUGAAGAAGGACAGAAUCUGGAUGUUCCACAAUCUUCUCAUGCUUUGAAUGGUUCCAGCAUUAAUUCUACAGCUUCAUUGCCAGUUUCAGUUCCAAGUUUCACAGUAGAACAAUAUCAGAAGUUGCUUACAUUGAUACAAGGAAAUUCAGAAGCACAAGCUGCUAGUGCAUCUCAUAUCAAUCAAUUAAGGAUCCAUGAAGGAUCACAUCAAGUCAAUCAGAUACAUACUCAGCAACACAAGUCUCUUGAUGGUAAUAAUUCCAAAGGAAAAGGACAUCAUUACUCAGAAGAUGAUUGGUUUGGCUAAACAAGAGGAAGGACUCUAUUACUUGGUGGUUGAUGGUCUAGUGGAGCAAUCAGCAAUGGAAACAGCACAAGCAGGAGCAAAGAUUAGCACAGUGAGCACAACUGGUUCUCUAGUCAUACCUAGUUCUGUAAU